AUGUGCAAGUUCUGUGUGCACAAGAAGUCUGGUCUUCCUCUGGCCAACUGGGGCAGCAAUGAUCGUUGCUUCAUGUGCCAUGUCCACAAGUCCGCCAGCUUCAAGUGUGUGCGCCCAAGCAAGUCGCCUUCCUUCAGCACUGGGGGCAAGGACAAGGGAGCCCUCAGCAAGCUGGUGCGUCGCCUCGAGGAGCUGGAGAGGGAGAGUGCCACCCUCAAAGGCGACGGGGGUGGAGGGCCGCCGCAGUCCGACACCACCAAUGAGCCAGCCGAGCUUCGCGAGGAGAUUGAUGCGCUGGCCAAACAUAUCAAGUGGUUGGAGUCAACUAAAGGGGAGUGGGCAAAGGCCGCCUUGGCCGCAGCCCAGUCUCAGCUGGAAGUUGCCAAGGCCAAGCUUCACGAGAACAAGCCCCUGGGCGCGAAGCUUAGCGUUCUUUCGAGGAGAGUGGAGCAAGCCCGUAAGCAGAAGGAGAAGGCCAUUGCAGAUCGUGCCGUGGCCCAAGCAGCUCUGGAAUCAGCACGGAAGGCAUUGGCAGACGCCGACGCCCUCAUCGCCGAGAAGAUUCAGGCAUGCGAGAAGCUGGAGAUCGAGCUGUCAAACCUCGCCCAGAGGGACACGGACGCUGUCGAGACGGUCGUCGACGAGGUCAAACUUGAGGACGUUCUCUCAAGUAUGGAAGGCAUCAGUGAUCCGAAGAAGGCCGCCCCAGCUCUAGUGGCAACGCUCAGUACAGGUGGCGUCGGGAAAGCAUUGUCAGAGCACGUGCACGGUCCUUGGCAGCAGGAGGCUUUCAUCCGCAUUGAUUGCCUCCCUGCCGCGAAGGUGGCAGACCAAGGGGGCAGGAGAUGCAAGUCAAAGUACCGCAACAAGUUCGUCAUUAAAUAUGGAGGGUUGGAUUUUCCUGAUUACUCGGGGCUCAGGCUUUCAGAGUACAAAGGCGAAGACGACCCAAUCGACAAAUCAUGGGUAAACACUAUAGUGAGCUGUUGGGGAGGCAAGUCACACGCCGACCUGGUGCAGCAGCUCAAGUGGGAUGCGGCUUCGCAUCUAUCAAGUUCCAUACCUGUACCUACCACGCUGUCCUUGGUCACGUACAACAGCAAUGCCUGGAGCACGAUGCAAGGUUUUUCGGAAUGGACGGUGCUGGACAGAGCAGACCAGCCCGACGUGAUUUUCGGCCAGGGGCACAGGCUGCGCAGCGGCGACCAGCUGAAGUCGGCACAAAGCUGGGCGCGAGAGCGUGGCUACAAGUUCCUGGCCAACGGGCGCGCCGUGACGGGUAAGAAGAUCACGGAGACAUCCAGCGGGGUUGGCAUCCUCACAUCAGGGCAUAUCGCCAGCAUAGGGCACCCCCCGAACAACGAGUUCGACAAAUCCAGGCUCACCUUCCAGCGCGUCACGCUGGGAGUUAUGCAGGUGCGGCUG